AUGGUGCAUUCCCAGAGCUGCGCACCAGUUCUGCUUCUCUGGAGUGCCCUUGCAGUGGCGAGCGCUCGCCGCUUUGACGAGUCCGGCGAUGACGAUGACCACUUGAAUGGGCUGGGGUGUUACUGCAAGCGUGUGAGUUCCGAGGACGAGUGCCCAGAUGAAAAGACUGACACGAUGGGGCCUGACCGAUACCGCUUCUACCACUCGGAGGAGAAACAAUGUUGCAAGAUGUCAUACACCUCCGUAUUCACCUGGAAGGGCUGGAGCUACAAGAAGCAGAAGGACUUGUCACUGUGCGACAAUGAGACGAAGGAUAUGUCAGAGUCCUGUUGCACUGUGGAGGACCGCUUUGGAUCAUUCAGCGUCCGUUUGCGCGCAGCGACUGCGAAACUUGUCAUGCUGGUGCAGAGGAAGAGAUACGAAGACGGAUAUGACCGAGACUUCAGGAGAUGGGUGAUGAGCCGUUCGCCUAGCGCGCUGCAACGUGGCCCAGAUGAGCGAGUUUCACAUGAGUGA